AUGGCGCUUGAUGCCGAGUCUGGCACCUUAUCGCCCCUCCCAGAUGUUCUAUCGCAUGGCCUAGUAGCGGUCUCAACCUUUGGACUCCUCUCCUUCUUCUGCUCCACCUCGCUCUUCUGCUAUAUAACAUGGCGCCUCAUCUCAUGGCACCGUUAUUCGCGAGUAAAAGCACCCACCAACCAAUUCCUCCUCCUCAUCUACCACCUCCUCUUCGCCGACAUCCAGCAAGCCUGUGCUUUUAUGCUGAACGUUGGGGCCUUACGGAAUAAUGCGAUUCUCGUCGGCACGCCACUCUGCUUUGCCCAAGGCUGGUUCGUCUCGACCGGUGAUCUAGCGAGCAGCGUCUUUAUCUGCGCCAUUGCAGUGCAUACAUUUUUCUCAGUGGUGAAGAAUUACAGAUUGCCCACGAAAGCAUUCUACUGCGCCAUUGCCGGCUGCUGGACUUUUAUAUAUUCAAUGGCUGCCAUUGGGCCCAUAAUCCACGGCAGGAACUUCUACGUGCGAGCCGCCGCUUGGUGCUGGAUCAACCAAGCCUAUGGAAGAGAGCGCCUCUGGCUGCACUACUUCUGGAUCUUCGUAGCUAUGUUCUCCACCAUCCUCAUCUACACAUUCGUCUACAUCUGGCUACGCGCAAAAAGCCGAGCCGGCGACAUCUCCAAGCAAACCGUCCACGGCGCAACGCCCCUCAUGAUCCUGUACCCACUCAUCUACACCGUCUGCACGGCGCCUCUCGCCUCGCUACGUAUCUACGCCCUAGCCGGCCACACCGUCUCGCUGGGCUGGUUCUGCAUGGCCGGAACGAUGAUAGCUUGUAACGGCUGGCUGGACGUUUUAUUAUACGCCAGCACGAGGGCAGAUAUCGUGUUCGCUGAACUUCCACCCAGCGAAGAGACUGGCCUAGGGACAUUUGUUUUCAUGGGCAGAAGCCUGCAGGAGCCGGGAAUGGCAGUGUCGCAGGGAGUCCAGAGCGAGAGCCGCAUCGGGUUUGCGAGGAAGAGUCAGGAGAGUGUUAAUACUGAACGUCUAUAUUCCAUGGGCAAUAUUAGCAUCAAGGGCGAGGUGAUAGUCACCACUACGUCCGUUGGGGAUGCAUCUAUCGGCCGGAGUAGGCUGGGUAAUGAGACGACGGCUAGUAGUGAACCUAUGAGCACGACUUGGGAUAUGCGGAGUAAGAAGAGCAGUGAGAGCUAG